GCCUACGGACAAUUGGAGUGAUCACCAAACUAGACCUGAUGGAUGAGGGCACCGAUGCCAGAGACAUCCUGGAGAACAAACUGCUUCCUUUAAGAAGAGGCUACAUCGGCGUCGUUAACCGGAGCCAGAAGGAUAUAGAAGGCAAGAAGGACAUCAGAGCAGCGCUGGCCGCAGAGCGGAAGUUCUUCCUUUCUCACCCAGCCUACAGGCACAUGGCAGAUCGAAUGGGCACACCUCACUUACAGAAAGUCCUCAACCAGCAACUGACCAACCACAUCCGUGAUACCCUGCCCUCACUGCGCAGCAAGCUGCAGAGCCAGCUGCUCUCCCUGGAGAAGGAAGUGGAGGAAUACAAGAACUUCCGCCCCGACGACCCCACACGGAAAACCAAAGCCUUGCUACA